CAGGGCGGCCAGCAGGCGCGCGCGCUCCCGAAAGGCCGCGUCGUCAGCUAGCGCCAGGCUGCGCCGAGACAGGGGGGUACCCAAGUCCACCCAGGCACGGCCGGGGGCGCGGAGGCUGCGGGAAGAGAGAAGCGAGAUGAGGGGCCAAACCUGGAAUCCCAAACAGAAACGUGGUCAAGACAGGUCCCCCCACUUCUGUGUUCCGGAAGCCUGGAUUCUUCAGUCUGAAGAGAACAGUAUGGCCUGACGAGAUUAGACUAGAAAGCGCCAUUCAGCAACACUCCCUGCCUAGCUCUUUGUUCAGAGCUGAUCACCUGCCAUUGUCUUGGACACUGCCAAACAGGGACCCCCACUGGGAAACGUACUACUGCUCCCAAAAAUCCCCGAACUCCCGUAUCCUUGGCGACUGGUUACCAUCCCACAGCCUCCAGGGAGGUGCUGUUGGCUUUUGCCAGGGUCCCUGGACAGAUCUGGUCCUUCUGGGAGCCGCUAUAAGCAUCUCAGCACCAUGCAGCCCUUCAGCCCCAUCUUCUUCUUCCUCCUCUUUCUCCUUGAUGGUCUGAGUUCCAGGGCAGCCCCCUCUCUGCCUAUGGGCUCUGAUCUCCAGGGGAUGCUUCUGCCCUCUGGGAUACCCACUGGUGCUCCAGAAAAUUUUACUAGAGAUCAACCUACCCCAGGAUACUCUGCAACCAAUCCUCCUGAGCACUCCAGGACACCACCCUCAGCCUCCCCUCAGGUCUCCAUAAAAAACUUAAGGGAGACCUCCAGCCUCAGCCCCUUCCUUUCUCUGGAGACUCCCAUGCCUGUCCAGCUCACCUCAGUAGCAGAAUCCCAGGGUACUUCACAAAUGAGCCCCUCCAAAGCAACACUUGCUAAAUCUUCUGAGACUCCCAAACCUGACCCAACUGGAAUUUUCCCGUCUGAAACUCCUGAAACCCCAAAACCUCACCCCUCCAACACCUCACUCUCAGAGUCUCCUGAGACUGUAUAUACUGACUCCACACCAACUCUACCCCAUGGGUCCCCUGAAAUCUCCAAAGGAGAUACCCCCAAACUCUCACCUGGUGAAGGGCCUAAGAUACCAAGUCCUAACCCCACCCAAUUCCUUAGCUCCAAAUCCCUAGAGACCUAUGACUCUGGUGUGACCAGAAACCUAAAUUCUGCAUUGCUACCAACCACCUACCCUGACCCUACAGAAAGUCCACAGUCAGCCUUUCUCACCACUCACAACUCCAAUCCCACUGAUGCCCCCCAAACACAAUUUCCCACAGCCACCAAUCAAAAUGUAGCAGAGGUGGCUAUGACCUCUGACUUGGACACCACCUCUAGCCUUCCCACCCAGGCAACAACCUUCGGGGAAGAAGCCCCCACUCCCAGUGAGCCUGGCUUGAGUCCCAGCCCAGAAGCCCCUGCAACCACCCAAGUUGCCACCCCUGGCCUGUCCACCUCAGAUUCCCUAGGAACCAAAGAGCUGCACAUACCCCAGAACUCAGGCCCUAAAGGGCCAGAUAUCCCUCUUCCCUCAGCAAGGAUUGCAGGGCCCCCUCUCGAGCACCCCAAUCAGGUGGCCCCUGCCGUGCCUCAGGCCCCUCAGAGACACAGCCGAGGAGACACAGUCAAUACUAUCAUCGUGGUGGAGCGAGUGAAGGAGACCGGGGUGACUCUGGUCAGCCGCCCACGGGGCUCCGUCGGUGGGGCUCUAUGCCUGUUCUUCGCGGGGACAGGGAUGCUGAUUGGCAUCUUCCUCCUGCUGUGGUGCCUCUACCGCCGAGCCUCCAGACACAGGUCCUUUGCCCACCACCGGCUCCAGGACAGCGGAGAUGAACCAGUCUUGCACCUGGAUGCCCCAAAGGACCCGCUGGAUCUCUACUUCUAUGCCCCUGAUGCGUGGGUGCCCUCCCACAUCGCCACCCAGCCGCCACCUUCCACGCCCCCUCUGCCGCCCAAGCUGCCCCCACCGCCUCGGGGGCCGCAGCGCCUGGAAGCCCUGUCACCCGCGGCGCUGUCCCCCAACUUCGUCUGAGGACCGCGCCGCAGACCGGGCCCAGCUUCAACGCCUAGAGGCGCACCCCAGAGCCAGGCAGAACUUCCCAAUAAACCGCCGCGCCCAC